AACAUCAAACCACAUCUCUCUACAACUUUUUUACUUCUUCUUUUGUUUACCAUGCCAGAGGCUCCUAAACAAAACCAAUCCAGCAAGAAAACUAUCGAAAAUGAUGAUGCUAUUAGUAAUACUAUUACAAAUAACAAUAAGAAAGCACUAAAAUACAUUGAGGAUGUUACCAUGAAUGCUAAUGAAAUUCAAGAAAGGGUACUUGCUGAGAUUCUCUCUUCUAGUGCUCUUGUUGAAUACCUUCAACGGCAUGGUUUAAAUGGGCGCAGAGACAGAAAAACUUUCAAAAAGGUGGUGCCUGUGGUGACUUAUGAAGAUUUAAAGGUAGAUAUUGAUCGUAUAGCUAAUGGUGAUGCCUCCCCAAUUUUAUGCUCCAAACCCAUAUCAGAGUUUCUCACUAGCUCUGGAACAUCAGGUGGGGAAAGAAAAUUGAUGCCAACAAUAGAAGAAGACCUAGAAAGGAGAUCAUUACUUUAUAGCCUUUUAAUGCCAGUGAUGGACCAAUAUGUUCCCAAUUUAGACAAAGGAAAAGGAAUGUACUUUUUGUUCACAAAAUCAGAAGCAAAAACACCUGCUGGAUUACUUGCACGACCUGUUUUAACAAGCUACUACAAAAGUUCACACUUUAUUAAGAAUAAAACACAUGAAAUCACAAGCCCAAUUGAAACCAUUCUCUGCCUAGAUUUUUACCAAAGCAUGUAUUCUCAAAUCCUUUGUGGUCUUUAUCAAAACGAACAAGUUCUUCGUGUCGGUGCUGUUUUUGCUUCCGGUUUCAUUCGGGCUAUUAAAUUCCUCGAAAAACAUUGGGUUGGUUUGUGUAACGACAUCAAAACGGGUACCAUGAAUGACGAAAUCACUGACCAAGGUGUAAGAGAGUCUGUGAUGAAAAUACUUAAACCGAAUCCAAAGCUUGCGGAUUUCGUAGAAUUGGAAUGCAAGAAAAAGUCAUGGAAAGGGAUCAUUACUAGGUUAUGGCCUAACAGUAAGUAUGUUGAUGUUAUUGUUACCGGAACAAUGUCGCAGUAUAUUCCGAUUUUGGAUUAUUAUAGCAAUGGUCUUCCUCUUGUGUGUACUAUGUAUGCUUCUUCUGAGUGUUAUUUUGGACUUAAUUUAAACCCUUUAUGUGAACCAAGUGAGGUAUCUUAUACACUUGUUCCUACUAUGGCCUACUUUGAGUUCUUGCCCCUCAACAAGAUUGAUGCAAAUGCUGAUUCAAUUUCUGCCACAGAACAAGAACAUUUAGUUGAACUUGUUGAUGUUGAGUUGGGUCAAGAAUAUGAACUUGUGGUCACCACUUAUGCAGGACUUUAUAGGUACAGAGUUGGUGACAUACUCCGUGUAGCAGGAUUCAAGAACAAGGCACCUCAAUUCAACUUCAUAUGCCGAAAAAACGUAGUUUUAAGCAUCGAUUCAGAUAAAACCGAUGAAGUUGAGCUACAAACUGCAGUAAAGAAUGGAUCAAACCAUCUUUCACACUAUAAUGUAUCACUCACAGACUACACAAGUUGUGCCGACGCAUCAACAAUUCCAGGCCACUACAUACUCUACUGGGAAAUCAUCUUCGACGAGCAAAAUCCAAUUCCAAUACCUGAUUCUGUUUUCGAGGAAUGUUGUUUUGCGGUUGAAGAUUCUCUCAACAGUGUGUAUAGACAAGGAAGAGUGACAGAGUCAAUUGGGCCAUUGGAAAUUAAGGUUGUUGAGAAUGGAACAUUUGAUAAGGUUAUGGAUUUUGCUCUUAGUCAAGGUGCAUCAAUAAAUCAAUAUAAGACACCUCGUUGUGUAAAAUAUGCUCCUAUUAUUGAGCUUCUUAACUCCAAGACAGUUUCUAGUUUCUUUAGUACAAAAUGUCCACAUUGGGUUCCUGGUCAUAAGAAAUGGUGCAGUUGACUGAAAAUCAAUGAAGCACGGAUAUGGACACCGGACAC